UUUUCUACAGUAUGUCCAUCAUCCCUGCAUCAAACUGCCCGCUCUUAGGCAUCCAGUUCUAGGUGUCGUGUAGCGUGACUCAGGAAGCCUAUCGGCCUCUCUGUACGCAGAACGUGUGUCCUCUUCCCUUAGACACACUUCACCCACCUGUGCAGGGCCGGGAAUCUGGUUGGGACAUCCUCCCUCAUCCCUCUCCGGGCCCGAGGCGGGACUGGGACAGGGCCGGGGAGGGCCCGGGGAGGGCGCGCGAGGCUGGAGCCACCUAGCCGGCUGUGUUCGGCCCCCGCCCCUUGGCCCGGCCGCGGGGCGGGACUCGUGUCGCGCCAGCCUCAGGAGCAGGGGCCGGCAGCGGGAAGCGGCCGCCGCCCCGGCCGCGCCGGGCUAGGCGAGGCGGGGCGGGGCCGGGCGCGUCGGGAAGGGGAAGCCGCGCGGGCCGGGAGCCUCUCCGCACCAGCCGCCGCGCACCCAGCGCCGCGAUGGGGCUGGAGACUGAGAAGGCGGAUGUCCAGCUCUUCAUGGACGACGACUCCUACAGCCGCCACAGCGGCGUCGAUUACGCCGACCCCAAGAAGUUCGUGGACCCGGGCACCGACCGAGAUCCCCACCGGCUGAACUCGAAUCUCAAGGUGGGAUUCGAGGAUGUGAUAGCAGAACCGGUGUCUACACACUCCUUUGACAAAGUGUGGAUAUGCAGCCAUGCCCUCUUUGAAAUCAGCAAAUACGUGAUCUACAAGUUCCUAACGGUGUUCCUGGCUAUCCCCUUGGCCUUCGCUGCGGGAAUUCUCUUUGCCACACUCAGCUGUCUGCACAUCUGGAUUAUAAUUCCUUUUGUAAAGACCUGCCUAAUGGUCCUGCCUUCAGUGCAGACAAUAUGGAAGAGUGUGACAGACGUUGUCAUUGCCCCCUUGUGUACAAGCGCAGGACGCAGCUUCUCUUCUGUUAGCCUGCAACUGAGCCAUGACUGAAUACUUGGACCCCAGGUCUGAAGAUUUGGAUACUGUAAUACUUCUUUGUUGUUAUAACAUGAAGGCUUUACUGUUCUGUUCAUUACCCAACUGUUCAAAUUCAGAAAGCUAUUAACAUGGAAAACCACAUGUAGAAAUAUUUAUUGGCAGAUCUUUUCAAAUAAUACUUUUCUAAUUAAAAGCCAAGGAUUUCAUAUCUAACUUUAUAACCAUAAUAAUACAGUAGGUUGGCAACACAUAAUUUUAAAGGCAGAUAGUCUUUGCUUUAGUACAAAGGUAUACAUUUUCUAAUGAUAAAUCUAUAAUGAUCAAGGGACAGUUCUCUCAAACACUGCAAGAGUUUUGUACACAACUGCUCAUGAAAAUAUGGAAUUUCUUAUUUUUUUACUCUGGAGGUAAUACUUUUAAAAUUGCCUGUGCAGGUGAAGUCACGGGGAUACUUAGAGAUAAGAUAAUACAAAGAUCCUAGAAAUUACACUAACAAAAGCAUACAGUGAUGAUAGGGUCUAUCAAAUAUAAUAAUGUGAAAAACAGAUUCAUGAAAAUAUGUUCCUUUAAGUCAGGUAUUGUUAAUCUAUAGGCAUAUUUAACAAGAUGUUUCAACUUACUGUAUAUUUUGUACUUAUUGUAAAUGUUGCUCUAAUCAGAUUGCUUUAAAGCACUUUUAUUAUAUUUGUUAUUUUGUUGAGCUAAUAUAUAGAAGUAAAUGUAUAUUCCACAAGGAACUUCAUUGAUGAGAUUGCACUGUCUUGAUUACAUAAGCAUAUGCAUCUUCUUUGGUAAUAGAAUGUAAAAGAGAGCUAUAUAAGGCUUUUCUAACUUUUCCAAGCAAAAUCCUGAAAUGUUUUAUGACUAAUGUUUAUCUGGAUGUAAUCUUAAUUGGUAUUUCAUCUAGGAGAUGCUUUCUGUCUUGUAGUUAGAAAUUAAACCUGUAUUCUGCACUCCUAUUGAUUUUUCACUACCUUCAAGUAAUAUUGGUGCUAUUCAAUAACAUUUUACAAUAAAGGCUAUUUCUGACACUUAAGUAUGAUUUCAAUGAUAGUGAUUCACAUAGAGGCUUUCAGACAAGUUGUCAGCUUCUUGGGUCCAUGCUACUGAGCUACAUAUAUAUAAAUUAAAAACUAACUGCUACAAACUACAAGAUCUUAUUGGAUAUGAAUUUUGUUACACUGCAUAAAAUUAUUCUUAUCAUUUUUGAACUAUAGAGUCUUAAUUCACAUUUAUGAGUCACUUUUGUUUUAAAACCCUAUUCUAAAAUGAUAGGCAUGUACAAAAGAUCUCUGUGAUGUAGGUGGUUACUAUAAUUUACACAUCUUAAAAGUGUGUAAAUGCUCAAAUUUCGGAAUUACUAUAAGAACUCGGAUUAAUGUUCCUUUGAAUAGCUUCAUAGGUGACAGCUCCUUAUUCAAUGAAGAUUAAUUUUAUUAUUCCCAAAUUUCCAAGACUGGUAAAUAUUAAGGAUGAUUGAACUGGAAUACUAUUGAGGACCAGAGCAAAUGAAUGAUUAAAUCAUAAAACUCAUACACUCUCAAAGGUAGCUACAAAAAAAAAGACUUUACAAAACUGCCUUAGGCCAUUGUAACAUCCUUAGAAAACACUCUCAGGAUCAUUAACUUGAAGCAUUACUACUAAUUUGACUAUAUAGAUGUUAUUCUGUUUUUUUAAAAGGUCAAUCAGUCUCACAACUUUAUAGUUAUACUUUGUAUUUAAGCUGUUUUUAAAAAAUAUUUAGAUAUGUUGAUUGGGCAAAAGUAUUUGAUUAAUAAAAUAUCUAUUUAAAUAAAUCAUGAGCUUCUAUAUUUUCAAAUAGUUAUUGGCAAGUUUUAAAGCCAAAAUAUAUACACAUAGUCAUAUAACAAAACCUACUGACUUUUAACAAGUGGAAUGUAUGAUUUCCUGAUUUCUGAAUAAAAUUGAUCAUUUUCAAAAUACAUUUUUAUUGGGAUUUGUUAUUAACUAUUUCAUUUCAGAGACUGAAAUUUUGUACCAAGUGGAUCCAGAUUUUAUGUGCAAAUAUGUUGGUUCUUAUAUUUGUGGGUGGGUGGGAAAGAGGUUGGUGAUGAUGGGACUUUCCCAGUAUCCAUAAUAAACUUUCUAAAAACUC